GGGGUGGACCAAAUGAUAGCUACGGGCUUUUGUAGAUUACAGCGGGAUAAACAUAAUUCUAAAUAGAAACGUUAGCAUCAAGAAAUUCAGGGAUUUUAAAGCUUGUUAGAUGUUUCUCUCCUGGAACCCCUGCCCCUGGGAUGAAGCUUAAUGAAAGGUUGUGGUGAGAUAAAGGAGAGGCAAAAUAACUCGAGUCAGCUGGGAUCCUCCGCUGGCUAAUUGCCCCAAAUUGGCUGCUUUGUCAGCCAUUGGAUUGACUCUAUAGGACUCAGUCUUUCAGCCCAGGGUUAAAAAAAAAAAAAAGCAAUCUGAAUGACAAUCAACAAAAGGAACUGAGGCUGUUCCUGCGCAUGCACGUUACGGUGGAGGCAGACAGGGACUACCUUGAGCAGCCUGAAUCGAGUGAGUCCUGUUCCCUGUGGAUUGGGAGCUCUGCAAAAGUGAAGAACUGGCCAGUGAAUCAAGAAGACCUGGAUUCAAAUCUCACCUACAUACACAGAGACUACAUGAUGUUGGGCAAGUGGUUUAACCUCUGAGUGCCUAAGGAGCUGGGUUGCUCAGUGGAUAGAGCUGUGGGCCUGAAGUCAUGAAGACCUGAGUUAAAAAUCUGGCCUCAGACACUAGCUAUGUGAACCUGGGUCCUCCUGCCAUGGCUGGUUACCAGGAAGGUGAGUCUCCCUCUCCUGGGGAGAACUCGGAGGAUGAAAGUCAAGGGGAUGAAGCAAUCAAGAUUCUUGAAAAAAUGAAACUGAAUCAGAGACUUGCAGCAAAGGAAUUGAUCAGCACAGAGGCCAGAUAUGUGCACAAUCUCCAACUCUGUGCUUCCGAUAUCCGGAGCCAACUGCAUGAGUUGCCAGAUGGAGACUUGGAUGUGAUAUUCUCAAACAUUAAUGAUGUUAUCAAAGUCAAUAGCCGUUUCCUCAAAGGCUUAGAAGAGGCAGAAUCUGAAGAUGAACAGCUGAAUUUACUUGGUAAUCUAUUCCUUGAAUUUCAAGAGGAGAUGGAGAGCGCUUAUAAGGUCUACUGUGCCAGCUAUGAUCAGGCCUUGAUUCUGGUGGAGUCGUAUAAGAAGGUACCCAAGCUACAGAAGGCAAUUCAAGAUGUCAUCACUGCACUGGUGCCACAGGCUGGAGCCUCAGGCCUCACUUUCCUGUUAGUGAUGCCGGUGCAGCGGGUAACCAAAUAUCCACUCUUGCUACAAAAGAUCCUGGAGAACACGCCACCCGAUGACCAGGCCUAUGAGGCUUUGCAGAGAGCUACCAGAGCCAUGCAAGAGGUCAAUUCCAACAUCAAUGAGUAUAAGAGACGUAAGGAAAUUGCCACUAAAUACAACAAAUUGGAGCAUCUGACAGUCAGGGAGAGGUUGGCCCGGAUUAAUACACACUCUAUCUCCAAGAAGACUCUGCGUUUAAGUCAAUUGUUCAAGCAAGAAGCUGGGAUUGUGACCAGGACUGAAGACAGGGAGUUUGAUGACUUGGAAGAAAAAUUCCAUUGGGUGGCAUUGUGUGUUAAUGAACUGAAAAGCAAUGUGGCAUCUUACCUGGAGAAUUUGGAGACUUUCCUCAGGAUCAAACCUCAUGAAUGUGAUCUGGAGAUGGAAGGUGGACCUGUGCAGCAAUAUUGCUGCCUUACAAGAAAUCUGCACCUUUUGGUCUUCUUGGAAUUUAAGCAGAGGCUGGAAAGGCUAGUGUACCAUCCGUUGGGCCACCUGUCCAAAGCCCUGCUGGGGCCCCAAAACCUGAUCAAGAAGCGUCUGGACAAGCUGCUGGACUUUGAGCGGAUAGAAGAGAAGCUGGCCGAGGCGGGCAGCAUGACCUAUGAAGAGGAAGCCACCAGGCACACCUACCAGGCCCUGAACUCUCUGCUGGUGUCUGAGCUUCCUCGGUUUAACCAGGUGGCCACACAGUGGCUAAGUCAGCUCUUGCACACACUCAUGGCCCUCCAGAGGGAUCUUGCCCAGCAAGUGGUGCUGAAGGCAGAAGGAGAGAUGGCUCAGUUGCCCCACAGCCAUGUUUCUGAAUCUGACUUUAGGAAGCUGGUGGAAGACACAUUAGGCAAGACCAGUGCCCAGCUUCACUCCUUUCGCCAGAACUUUGAGAAGGUGUUACCAGUUCCAAUAACCCAGCCACUCCAACCUGCUGCAGAAAGACAGGUCCAAACCCUCGUGAGCAAGUAUGGCCUUAGCAAGCUGUACCAAGUGACAAGUAACAUCAGUGGGAGUGGAAAUCUGGCUCUGACCCUUCAGAGAGGGCAGAUUGUGGCUCUCCUUCAGGACAGGGAUACCAAAGGCAAUACUAAUCGUUGGCUGGUGGACACUGGAGGCUAUCGAGGGUAUGUGCCAGCUGGAAAACUAGAGCCGUAUCAGGUGGUCUCACACGAGGAGCCCAGCAUGCAGACGGGGUCAGGCGAUGGUUUCAGGUUCCCUCCGACAGAGGCUUCCAGGGCACCAGCCCAUGCUGCCAUGCCUGUUUUUCAGGUGGUGGCUGCAUACCCAUUUGCAGCCAGGAGCAGCCAUGAAGUGAGCCUACAGGCUGGGCAGCUGGUCAUGGUUCUGGAGAGGCAGGACAAGAAGGGGAACCCAGAAUGGAGCCUCGUGGAAGUGAAUGGACAGAGGGGUUACGUGCCCUCCAACUUCCUCAUGCCUGUUCCCAGCCCUGUUCCCUGGGGCUGGAGUCUGCCUCCUUGCGACAGCCCCCCAUCCCACAUGUAAUGGAGGGAAAGGGGAGAAGCUGGGAAGGGUGGGCUGGUGGGGGUAGGAAGGGUCCCAGGGCAGAACAAGGUGGGGCAUUGAGAUACAGCAGUAAGAAAAGAAAGCAAGCCCACUAGAGGCCAUCUCCUCUGCUGCUGAGGAAGUGGGGUGGGCGUGUCCAUGGGGCCAGAAUGUCUCCGUAGAGCUUUUGUGGGCAGAGAAGGUCCACGAGGGCCCUGGUGUCUCACGUUAGGAGAAGCAAUGUGGAGAGAAAGAUGGCAGAGUGGUUUGGAGAAAGUGCUAGAUGGAGGCGGGGUGGGGACCCUUUUUCUUCCGAGGGCCAUUUCAUCUCCCUGGGCCAUGCAGAAUGAUCAGGCAGCGGGAGGGGGUUGUGCCCAGCCUUCCUUCCACCUUCCUAGUGACUUCUUUCUAAGGCUGGGGCCAGACAUCCCCUCUCCCUGCCCGAGGGUCUGGGCUUGAAUUCUGGUUCUCUCCCAGGUACUCCUUACGGGGCUUCAGGUGAGUGGGUACCCCAUUGGCCUGUGCAGGUUCUUUACCUGCAGAAUGAGGGGACCACAGCAGACGGCCUCUGGGGUCCCCUUCACCCCUAAGCUGCGAGAGGAUGACACUAAAGCUUCGCUCUAGCCUUUCCUUUGGGAAACAGGUGUAAUGUUGACUCCUUUCUUACCUUAGUGGUAUUGUGGAGAUGACCCGGGAAUCCUCUCAGGAGAGUGGAGCUGCCCACGGUGGCUAUUCCAUGGGAGCAUCAAUCCCAGGAGGGACUGGGAGGGAGACCUUUGCCUGGGGCUGUCUGAUUGGACUGAAGGGCCUUAACGGGCAUGAUCUAUAUAAUGCCUAGCAUAGAAUAGACGCUUAAUCAAGACUUGUUUGGUUUUUUUUAAUCAGUGUCUAGGGCAGAGUGUAUUAGAAUGCUGGGCCUGGUCUUAGGAAAACCUGAGUUCAAAUCUAGCUUCAGACACUUAAUAGUCACCUUGGACAAGUCACUUAAACUCUAUUUGCCGUAGUUUUCUCAACUGUAAAAUGGAGACGAUAAUAGUACCUACCUCCCAGGGUUGUCAGGACAAAAUAAGCCAACAUUUGUAAAAUGUUUAGCACAGUGCCUGUUACAUAUUAAGCACUAUAGAAAUGUUAUUUAUGAUUAUUAUGUAGGGAAAAUUCAGGAAGUCCUGUUUAUUGGUUGCAUUUGCAUGAGGUUGGCUUUGCAGUUCAGUGGUCAUCUUUAGACAUUUUGUGAUUAUUAUCAGAUUUUCCUUGUCAAACAAAAUUCAAACUCAAAUUAUGAAUAUAGCACAUGUUUGAUGAUUGUUUCAGUGAAAGUUUAACAUUUUGAGGGGAGGGGAGGAUGGGUAUCAGGCUCAAAUAACCAUCUGUGUCCCAAAGCUAGCCCAGACAAUCAACAGUGUUUGUGUAGAAGCUCAUAACUGGUCUAAUUUUCAAAGAUAAGUUGUCUAAAUUGAGAGACACAAUGUAUAUUUUUAAUGCUGGCUAGAAUUUUGGGACCAAGGUCAGAAUGUCUCUGCUUUUUUAGGCAAAAGAUUAAAAAAAAACAUUCAUUGCAAGACAUACAGAGCAAAUGGUAGAUAGUGUGGAAAUUUUUUUAAUAAUAAAGAUUAGAUGGGACAAAAUUAGAGUGAAUUUCCAAGUGUGAGAAGAGGGAACAUUUUGAUUUAGUAAUAACAAGAUAAACCAAUGUCCUAUCCUGUUAUAGCCACUAAAAUAGGGAGUGAGGGAAAAGGAAGGAGAAAAAAAUUUUUAGAAAACAAGUUUUUGCAAGGGUAAAUGUUGAAAACUAUCUAUGCAUGUGUUUUGAAAAUAAAAAGCUUUAUAAAAAAAGAAAGAAAGAAAGAAAAAACCUCAGUCCACAUAGUCCCUUUCACCAGCUCCACCUAGCUUUCCAAGCUCAUUGUCCUCCCUCCAUCUUGAACAAUGGAAGGAAUCAUGGAAUCAGGAAGCCAUCCAUACAAUGGGACCAGAUUGUUGAGAAGUCACUGCUGAAAAUAUGAUGUCAGAGGCCAGAUUAAAAUGAAACCUGUUGAUUUAGGUUAUGCUGGAAGUGUGUUUUUUUGUUGAAUAUAUUUUAUGAAGAUCUACACAAAAGUUGUUUUAUUUCAGAAGUAUGGGAGCUAUGGAAAAUAUGCCUGGCGCAUCUACAUUUCCCAUGUAGGGGAAAUAAAGGUUGCUUCAUAGCAUGUAAGAGAGGAUCCAUAGCCUGUUAUAGAGCGUUGAAGUUUGAGUACUGUUGUUUAUAUUAGUAAACAUUUAUUAAGUGCCUACUGUAUGCCAGGCACUGUGCUAAGCUUUUAGUACCAAUAGCGAAUUAAUAUAUGUAUUAAUGAUAAUGUUUGGGGGAGUGGAAGUUCAGACACGUGAUUUCAUCAGUGGGUGGAGCUUCAAGUGUAGAUCCCCCUUCCAUGAUGUAUCAGAAGUUGGCUUGAACCCACAUCUUCCUUACUUCAAAGCCAGUCCCCUUCCCCAGACAGUCUGGUUCUCAGUAACUAUGAUAAUAACUCGUCUGUAGCACUUUAAGGUUUACCAGGCACUUUCUUCCCAGCACUGUGAUAUAAGCCAUUUUAAGUGUUAUUCCCAUUUUAGAGUUGAAGAAAUUGGAGAUCAGAGUGGUUUAGUGAUGCCUCUAAGAUCACACAGCUAGUAAGUGACUAGUAAAAAUUAUAGCCAGUAAGAACUCCAGUUCUUUUGAUUCCAGGACCAGUGUUCUUCCCCUCCCCACUCCCACCUCCCAGCAUACUCUUAACCGGGCCUAACCAGAUCCCCUAAUGCCCAUGUGGGCAUGUGCUGUGGUAGGAGUCCUGCUGAGGUCUGAAUGGGGAACCCAACAAAUUGAGCCUGAUACUGGGGCCGCCACAAGCGUCACUGGGAUGUGAUGCUGCUGGAAGAGACUGUUAGCCCCAACAGGAUCAAUGAAAGGGAAAAUGGGAAGCUGGGAGUCUGGCGAGGCUGGCUGGGUCGGCCUUGGCCCCUGGGCACGACUCUUAAAUAACUAGUGGAAAACUUGUUCUCAUGAACCAUGUAGCUAGAUUAAGAUUUAUGAGGUUUUUUGAUAAUAGUCAUUUGGGAAAAAGAGGAGAAUAAGUCCUCAGGUGUCUUUAGGGAACUUAGUGGAAUGUGCCUUUGAAUUGAAUCAGAGCCAUUGAUUGCACUAUGGUGUAUUAAUAACUCUAUAAAUAUUUUAAAUGAAAAUAUCUUAGGUAUUAUUUAUUUUGUCCAGGCCUUGAGCCCUAAAAUGUUGAUUAGGCUCUAUGAUGGAGACCUGGAAUAGAAGAAACUAAAUGCUUUGGGGCUGGAGGGGAGGGGGUGCAGGAGUAUCUUACAAACCACUAUAAGAAAGAGUUUAAGAUUUUAAGAACUGUUUAUUUCCUCCCAUGCUCUUGAUACUGACCUGGGUGCCAUAUCUAGGGAUCUGGGAAACUAAACCUUUAUAUCCUGGUUAUAUUUAGUAAAAAAUUUAAAUUUAAAAAAAAAUUUGUCGGGGCAGCUAGGUGGUGCAGUGGAUAGAGUCACUGAAGUCUUUCUCUGAAGUCAGGAGGACUUGAGUUCAAAUCUGGUCUCAGACACUUAAUACUUCCUAGCUCUGUGACCUUAGGCAGGUCACUUAACCCCAAUUGCCUCAGCAAAAAAAAAAAAAAAAAAAAAAAAAAGUUGCCUAAUUAGUUCUGUCUCUGUAUCAGAGUUUCUUAACCUUGGAUCCAUUAACUUGGAUGGUGGCAGGGGAAAGGGGAUGGGAGGAAAUACAAAACAUGACAUCUUUACUUCAAUAGAUUUUCUUUCCUUUUUAUUUUGUGCAUUCAAAAACAUUAUUCUGAGGAGUCCAUGAGCUUCACCAAAUUGCCAAAUGAAGCUAAUUGAUGCAGAAAAAAAACCAUUAAGAACCUCUGCUCUAGGUCAUGAAUUUGCAUUUAGGGCUAGUGUGUUUGUGGUCUAAGAAUGUGCCUUCAUAUAGAAUUAGAAACAUCAUACUGUGAAAUAUUUAUUACUUGUUAAACAGAUUUUAUAAUAUGCUAUGCUAUUUAAAUUCUGAAUCUAGAACUUAAAUAGGAUCAUUUCUAUUUAUUUCUGGGAGAGAGAAGAUAUGUCAAUUGUAUCCCUCUCUGUGACCUAUUUACCUUCCUGAUGACUUAAUUUCCUAAUCUAGGAAAUGGGGGAAAUGAUGCUUAUGUUACAGGAACACUGGAAUGAAGGAGAAUGUGAUGAAAAAUAAUUUAAAUAUUGGCUGUAUAGAAAAUUGAGGACUAUUUGAAAUAAAAUAUUUAACUAUGUUGAAA